UGUUACAAACGCACUGGUUUCAGGAGAUAUCUACUGUUCGCUGUAUUUUCCAGGUUGCUUCCUCAGCGCCCACCAAAGCAGCCAUGACAUCUAAAGGUGCCAAAGAGACCAUCGUCACCCGGUUGGGUUUCAAAUCCAGCAGCUCUGCCUCCAAGGCUGAGGCGGAGCUGGAGAAAGUCAGAAAGGACAACACUCACCUCAGGAGAAAGAUUGAUGAACUGGCCAAAAGACUCGCCAAACCACCCGACUCGGACAAAACCAAGCUGCUGGAGAGGAUCCUUUCCCUCGAGACGCUGCGAGAGAGAAACAAUCAGCAGUUGCUCGUUAAAGAGCAGGAACUAGAAACAACGAGACAGCAGCUGUCAGCCAGAGGAGGAGAAGUGGUGGCAUCACUGCAGGCCCAGCUGGAGCAGCGGAGGAAGGAGGCUGAGCAGAGAGACACGUUGUUCCAGAACUUAUCACAGGAGACGGGGAACCUGAAACACCAGCUGGCCACUGUGUCUGCCCGGUGCCAGUCCCUGGAAACACAGGCGGUGAAUGGACAGGUACCUCCUGCAGACUUGGCGUUGGUACAAGAUCAACUGAGAGACGCUCUUGAGAAGAACCAGCAGUGGCUGAUGUACGACCAGCAGAGAGAGGCCUACGUCCAGUCCGUCGUGGCCCGCACGCAGGAGCUGGAGCAGCAGCAACAAACCAAACAAGAGGCCCCUUCAGCUCCUGCUGACUCAUCGAGUCCAGAAAAAGAGGUUCAGCUGAAAAGCCACUAUGAGCAGCUGCUGUUGGGGGUGCAGAAAGACUUGGAGCAGAAAAGGGAACAGGUUACCAGAAGCCAACAGGAGCUCAAUGGGCAGAGGGAACAGACCUCGAAAGCUCAGGCUGAGCUGCAGUCUCAGAAGGAGCAAAUUCGCAGGCUCCAGGAGGAGAUGUCGGCGCUGCAGAGGAGGUAUGAGGACAAGUGCAGCGAUCUGUCCUCCUCUCUGAGGAAGUACGAAGAGAAGAGCAAAGAGUCGGAGGACGUAAAGAUGCGGCUGCAGGCAGAGCGACACGGCAACAGACGUGAAGUGUGUGAGGAGAGAAAGGUGACGUCCGAGCAGUCAGACAGGAUGAGAAUGGAACUGGAGAAUAUGGACGUCCGAUUGGAGGAGGAGAGGAAGAGAUCCGCUGAACUCCUGCUGCAGGUGAAUAUGCUGCAGAAGUCUCUUCUGAGCCAAAAUGAAGAACAGAGGAGAAUCGCAGCACUGGAGCAGCAGAAUCCAAAGUUCUGCGACUUUGUGGACAAACAGACUGGAUACAACACCAAAUGCAUGCUCACUUUCCCUCUGAUGGCUGAAAAAGAGUGCCUUGGAGUCAUCAUGGCACUAAACAAAAUAGGAGCUGACUCGUUCUCUGCGGAGGAUGAGAAGCUCUUCCACAAGUACAUGAACUUUGCCCAAGUCAUCAGCCUGCAGCAUUACACAUCCUACAUGUUCAACGUGGAGUCCAGAAGGAGUCAGGUGCUUCUCUGGUCGGCCAGUAAAGUGUUUGAGGAGUUGACAGACAUUGAGAGACAGUUCCACAAAGCGCUCUACACUGUAAGGGUCUAUCUACAAUGCGAACGAUACUCAGUGGGCCUGUUGGACAUGACCAAAGAGAAGGAAUUCUAUGAUGAAUGGCCGGUGAAACUGGGAGACGUGGAACCCUAUAAAGGACCCAAAACGCCAGAUGGCAGGGAAGUCAUCUUUUACAAGAUCAUUGACUACCUCCUGGAAGCCAAAGAAGAAAUCAAAGUCAUACCGGGUCCACCUGCAGAUCACUGGGCUCUAGUUAGCGGCCUACCGACAUAUGUUGCAGAGAAUGGCUUCAUUUGCAACAUGAUGAACGUGGCUGCAGAUGACUUCUUCACUUUCCAGAAAGAGGCUGUGGACGACACGGGUUUUGUCAUCAAGAACGUUUUGUCGCUGCCCAUCGUCAACAAGAAGGAAGAAAUUGUGGGCAUCGCCACUUUCUUCAACAGGAAAGACGGCAAGCCAUUUGAUGAACACGACGAACAGAUCACUGAGGCCCUGACACAGUUCUUGGGUUGGUCAGUGCUGAAUUGCGACACAUAUGACAGGCUGAACCGCAUGGAGUACAGGAAAGACAUCGCCCAGGAGAUGCUCUUGUGCCAGACCAUGUGCACCAAAGCUGAGAUACAGUCCAUUCUGAACACCAACGAGAAGUUCGACGCAGAGCCUGAAGACUGCGAACAGAAAGAUAUGUACAAACUGUUGAGAGCGACCUGCCCACCAGCUGACAACGUCAACGGAGAGAAUCUGUACCUGUUCUCCUUCAGUGACUUCCCCGUCUCAGAGUUCGACCUCAUCAAAGCCGGCAUUCGCAUGUUCUUUGAGCUCGGAGUUGUUGAAAAGUUUAAAGUUCCCGCAGAGACGCUGGUCAAGUGGAUGUACACAGUGAGGAAGGGUUACCGUAGCAUCACCUACCACAACUGGAGGCACGGCUUCAACGUAGGCCACACCAUGUUCUGCCUGCUGCAGACAGGGAGGCUGAGGAAGUACUACUCUGAUCUAGAUGCCUUUGCCAUGGUGUCUGCUGCUUUCUGCCACGAUAUCGACCACAGAGGAACCAACAACCUCUACCAGACAAAGAGUUCGUCUCCUCUGGCUAAACUUCAUGGCUCCUCCAUCAUGGAGAGGCACCAUUUGGAGUACAGCAAGACGCUCAUGGGUGAAGAGAGCUUGAACAUCUUCUGCAACCUCCAGAAGCAGCAGUUUAAGAACGUGCAGCACUUGUUUGAUGUCUGCAUCAUCGCCACUGAUCUGGCCCUUUACUUCAAAAAGAGAACCAUGUUCCAAAACAUUGUAAAUGCCACAGAGCCAAUGCCAGAAGAAAAAGAGGCCAUUGCCUACAUUUCCAACAACAGCACCAGGAAGGAAAUCGUGAUGGCCAUGAUGAUGACAGGUUGCGACUUGUCAGCUAUCACCAAACCCUGGGAGGUACAGAGCAAGGUUGCUCUGAUGGUAGCUGCUGAAUUUUGGGAACAAGGAGAUUUGGAGAGAUCUGUUUUGGACCAACAACCAAUUCCCAUGAUGGACAGAAACUGUUCCGAACAGCUACCCAAGAUGCAGUGUGGCUUCAUCGACUUCGUAUGCUCAUUUGUGUACAAGGAGUUCUCCAGGUUCCACAAAGAGAUCACGCCCAUGUUUGAUGGUCUGAACAACAACAGGGCACAAUGGAACGGGCAGGCUGAGGUUUACAAUGCAAAGAUGAAGGUCAUUGAGGAUCAGAAGAAGAAACUGGAAGAAGAUGAAGCCAAGAAAGCCGGUGGAGAUGCAAAGUCAAAGACCUGCACCGUCUGCUAAGUUCCUACGGUGCUUGGAUCUGGACUGACGUGGUCCGGUUAGGACUAAUCUAGCCUAUUCUGGUCUGACAACUAGUCUAGUCGGAGCUUGACUAGGCCAGCUUGGUCUGGUCUGAUCUACACCAGAGUAGUUCUCUCUGGUUAGGUGCUGUCCGCUCUGGUGCGGUCUAGUCCAGCCCUAUUUGGUCUGGUCUGGUUCAGUGUAGCCUACUUUAGUCUAGUGUAUUCAGGUCUGGUCUGCGGUCCCGUGUGCAGUCAGCCUUACUGUUCUCCAAGGAGGGAAGAGUCGGCAACAUCACCAAGAAGUAAUGUUGGGACUGCGAGAGAAGCCUGUUUGACUCAGAAGAUGUGAUGUAUUUGAAACUUCCUCCUUCAGGCAACCAAGAACUUAAAAAAAUAUAUAUAUACAUGGACAACGUAUAUUUCCCUUUUUAAUAUAAUCGAUAGCAAUAAUCAAAACAUUCCUGACACGUAUGGUUUGAAACCAUGGUUGGAUAAGUUCAGAAGCUGUAAGACAAUGUUCCAAGUCAAACUCUUCGGUAUAAAUAGCUAAACUAGGGGACAGCAUGUGCUGUACGUGGUGUGUGUGUAUGCAUGCCAAAGCAAUAGUUUUCACACAGCGUUCCCAUUGGCAGUCGGUUAGCACACGGUACAGUAGUACUGUAGGUUGCACAAUGCACUUAGCUGCUGCUGUUUUGGCAGUGGCAGGCCAUGAGUGGAGGGCGGGUGGGCAGGCAGGUUCAAAUGACCUCAUCACUUUAUACUCACUGGGAUCAGAGGAAUGGGUUUAAUAUUCUGUUUUUUGGUUAAUAUUUAAAGUAGCAUGAGUUGUGGAAUUAAUUCCUCGAACACUUGAGAACAGAAAAUCUGCAAUCCGAAGGAACUUUUAGUGCUGUAUAACAAAACCUCGAAGCUCAGAUACAGCGAGUGACGGCGUGCAUUCAACUAAGGGCUGAUGUUCUCUUACCUCAAAAGGCGCUGAUGAGCUGUGUGAGGGUGUAUUUAUUUUAAUAUGCAAUCUAUCUAUAUACAUAUAUUUUUUUGGAUUCUUUGUCUGACCAUUUUGUACUUGAGCUGUCUUCACGCAUGGAGAGUUUGAGAUGAGUUUUGCGAACUGGGCGUUCUGAAUUUGUGAGCAAACGCACGCUAAAAAUCACAUUUCAGGCCUCUAGCAAAUGUAUUGACUUUGUGCAACUUUUAUUGUCAGCUUUGAAAAACACCUGUAAGCUGUUAUCCUUUAUGUCCAACGGCGUGGAAAAAUAACAACAACAAACUUAACAUGCAUGAUAUUUAAAACCAGCGUUUAGAGCCACAUCGAUUCAAAACUUACUUUUUAAAUGUGCACGAUUUCACAUGUAUAUAGUCAAUUACAUAGCAAUUGUAAAAUAUAAAUUGUGUAAACUUAAGAAUAACUGAAGUGUAAAACUAAUUCGAAAGUAUGUACUAAAAAAAAAAAGCAACCUUUCUUCUAAGGAGUCAAAGUCAGUCAAACAGGGCACCGUAGAUCUGCCUCUCCUGUAAGAAGAUUGGAUAGGAUUUGAUUUGAUUCCCAGCCAGCGUUUGAGAUCCACACAGCUUUAGACUUUAAAUACCCUUCUUACAGAGGAGGAAAGCAGGCUACCAAAGCCUUGUAUGCAUGUGCAGACAAUUUGUGUUUAAAAUGUGGCAGAUGCAGAUCCAUAGCAUCAUUGAUUGUAUGGUGGUACAGGCCAAAGUCCUCUGUUUCUGUCUUCACUUGAUGCAACAGUGUGAUGAAUCGCGCAAUAGCUGCCGUUUGAUGUCAAGCUGUAUUGAACUUGAUCUG